AUGGUCCGGAUAUCGGCCUUCGAUGUGGAGCAAUGGAUGGACGAGUACGAGACCACCCCAGGCUGUCUCAACAUCGCCGAGACCUGCGCCGCCUCCGUCUCCGUAAAUGACCUAGUCGCCCUCUCCGAGGACAAGCACGCGCCCGGCCCCGUCGACCUCUCCACAAAGCUAGUCUAUGGCCCCAUCCGCGGCUCCGCCCGGCUCCGUCAGAGGGUCGCGGCGCUAUGCGGCGGGGCCGGGCCAGGCUCGGACGACUCAACCCCCGGCGUGCUCUGUGAAGACGACGUGCUCAUCACCCAGGGCGCCAUCGGUGCCAACUUCCUGCUGCUGUACACCUUGGUGAACCCCGGCGACCACGUAAUCUGCGUGUAUCCCACGUACCAGCAGCUCUACAGCGUCCCUGAGAGUCUUGGCGCAGAUGUCUCCCUAUGGAAGCUGAAGGAGGAGAACGGUUUCGUGCCUGACGUGACAGAACUCGAGGCCCUCGUCAAGCCCAACACGAAGAUGAUCAUCAUCAACAACCCAAACAACCCAACCGGCAUCCCCAUCCCAACCCCAGUCCUCGCCUCCCUCGUCACCUUCGCCAAAGCCCGCGACAUCAUCCUCUUCUCAGACGAAGUCUACCGGCCCCUCUUCCACAACCUCUUCUCCCCCGGCGCGGACGCGGACGCGGACGCGGACGUGCCGCCCCCGCCCCCGCCCCCGCCCCUCACAACCUUCAACUACCCCAAAGUCAUCGUCACAGGCUCCAUGUCCAAAUCUUACGCCCUAGCUGGCAUCCGUAUCGGCUGGAUCGCCUCGCCGGACAAAGCCAUUAUCCAAGCCGUCGCCUCGGCGCGCGACUACACCACCAUCAGCGUCUCGCAAAUCGACGACCAGAUCGCGUCCUACGCCUUAUCGAAACCCGUCUGGGCGCCUCUUCUGCGGCGGAAUGUCGGGCUUGCGGUUGAGAACAAGGCUUUACUUGAGGCGUUUGUGGAGAGGCAUAGGGGUGUGUGUUCGUGGGUUAGGCCGUUGGCUGGGACGACUGCGUUUAUACGUUUCACGCAUAGGGGUGGCGAGGCUAUUGAUGAUGUGAGGUUUUGUUUGGAUGUACUUGAGAAGACGAAUGUGUUUUUCGUGCCGGGGUCGAGGUGUUUUGGUCAUGGGAGGGAUUUUAAGGGGUAUGUGAGGAUUGGGUAUGUUUGUCAUACUGAGGUGCUUGUGGAGGCUUUGGAGAAGCUUGAGGCGUAUAUGCGUGUAGCGUUUCCGGAGUAA